UAUUUCUUAAUAAUAAUAUCAGAUUAAUGGAGAUCCUUUAACACUAAAACUUAUAAUAACAAUUCAAUUCCUUACAUUGCAAGAAUUGUUAAUUAGAUUUUUUUUUAAAACUCUGAUCAGAAGAAUUUGAAGGAGACAAAUGGGUGGUUGUUUUCUUGGCUGUUUCGGUCCGUCGAAAAAGGACCGAAAACAACGAAUCAAACAACAGAGCUACAAAGUUAUUUCCAGAGAUCAUCAAGUUCCUAAAAUUCAGAAUCUUGUGCAAGCUGAUGUAUCUUUGGUGCAAAGGAUCACAGACAAGCCUUCUAUUUCGCUUCCAGACUCGAGUGAAAAGAAAGAGGAGCUAUUGAGUGUGAGUACCAGGAAAAAAGUGACAUUUGAUACAAAUGUGACAACUUAUGAGCAUAUUCAAGUGUUUGACAGUACUGAAUCUUUAUUGGAAAAGAAUGAAAAAGGCGAAACUUUUCCCAAAUCGGUCCCAGCUCAUACGGAUUCUGGCUCUCAGGAUGAUUCUGAUGUGGUUAGUGUUGGAUCCUAUCCACCAAAUUAUCGGUAUGGAAACUGUGUUGAAAGUGAUGAUGAAUUGGAAGAUUUUGAGUGUGAGGAUGAAAUUGAAGAGGGGUUAGAUGAUGAAGAAGAAGAAGAUUAUUAUGACGAAGACAGAAUUAUAUGUCAAGAAGUAUGGUGCGAGUCAAUUCCAGUUCUAUCGGAGGAAUCACGAAAGGAAUCCAAUUCAGUUGUGAAAAAUGUAUCAAAUGGUAAUGCACGCGAUAGAAGUGUAUAUGUUGAUCCAGUAUUGAAUCCAGUUGAGAAUCUUUCACAAUGGAAAGCUUUGAAAUCAAAAGGAAUAGUGACACCAGUACCGAAGCCGUUGAACUCCAACCUGCAAAAGGAGAAUUCUUUUCUGAAUUCCGCUUGGAUACCACCUAAGAAUAAUAACCAAGAAAUAGCUGUUGAUGCAAGCCUUUCAAAUUGGUUGGGCUCGAAUUCUAUACCAAAUAACAAGAGAGUUGAUAGUAUUUCUUCUGGAAAAAGCUUGUCUCAAGAAUCAACGACGACUUCAGUCAUGAGCAAUGAAGAAAGACCAAUUUUAGGAGCCUUAACUUUAGAUGAGUUAAACCAGUUUUCAGGGUCAGCUUCGACACCAAGAAAGUCACCAGGUCGAAGCCCUGAUGAUAUGGCCAUAAUUGGCAGUGUCGGGAGCUACUGGAGUCACACCGGUUCGGCCAAUUCUUUGAGCUCAACUUCAUCAUAUAAAGGCAUCCCAAAUACCACCAGCAAGUAUAGAGAGGAUAAAAGGGUGAAUUGGCACAAUACUCCAUUUGAAACAAGAUUGGAGAGAGCUUUGAAUAGAGAUACUGCUGAAGCUUAGUAAUUUUUGCUCCUUUGUAUGGUUUUGUGAGAUUUGGUUUGGAUUGUCUCAUUAUAUAUUGCCAUGUACUCAUGUGUGUCCAUCUAGUUUUUGCACAGUUUCAUUAAGGGUUGGAUGGUUGUAAUUCUUUAUUGGUUUUUGGUGUUUAUAAGUAUAAAAGAUUGGGUUAAUUUCA